ACUAAUUAAACCAUGGAUCUCACCAGCACCUCCUUCCUCUUCUCCUUUCUCGUCCUCCUCGUUUCGCUGCUGCUACUCAAGAAGAACAGGUCUGGUGGCGGAGCUCGUGCCACACUGCCUCCCGGUCCAUCUAAGCUCCCUAUCAUAGGCAGCUUGCACCAUCUCUUGGGUGGCCUGCCGCAUCGUUCCCUCACUGCCUUAUCUAAGAAAUUUGGCCCCGUGAUACUCCUGAAGCUCGGUGAGGUCCCCACCCUCGUUGUCUCAUCUACCGAAGCGGCUGCUGAGAUCAUGAAAACUCACGACGUCAGCUUCGCCUCUCGGCCCACUAACCUGAAUCUCCAGUCCGCCACAUACGGUGACAGGGGCGUCGGCUUUACCUCGUAUGGAUUCCACUGGAGGGAGCUGCGCAAGAUGAGCAUCGUGGAGCUAUUGAGUGCCAAGCGAGUCCAAUCUUUUCGCUUUAUCCGGGAAGAGGAGGUGCUUAAUCUUGUGCGGUCGAUAGUCCUGUUGUCCAACGCUGGUUCCACCGUGAACCUCAGUAAGAAAUUGGUGCUGUUGGCUAAUGACAUAGGCUCCCGGUCCGUCAUCGGCAGCAAGUGCAAGUACCAGAAAGAGUUCAUACGGAUAGUGAUGCAAACGCUGGAAGCUGCCGGAGGCUUCAGUUUGGCGGACUUAUUCCCGUCAUGGCCGAUAAUUAAACUUCUCAGUGGCGCGACUUUCAAGAUGCAGAUGUUACACCGUGACAUGGACGCGAUCCUGAAUAGCAUCAUUCAAGAGCGCAGAGAAAGGAAGUCCGCAGAGCAACCGGAGGAGGAGGAGGAGGAGGAGGCCUUGGUCGAUGUCAUGCUGAGAGUUCAAGCUGAAGGUAGCCUGUCAUUCCCCUUAGCAGACGAGGACAUGAAAGCCAUGAUGCUGGUAUGCUUUUUUUUUUAAACCCUAAUCUUUCCU